UAAAUAAUUUAGUUACUCCAAAAUAACAUAGUUACAUAAUUUAGCAAUCGAAAUGUUCGUGUAAAUCAUUAUAUUUUAUGAACUUUCAAUCAGUUCUACUCGAACGAAUCCUGUCUGUCAAAAAUGCUGUUCCCCAAAAGUGCUCUUUCCUGUUUAUAAAUUAAAUAAAUAGUAUUUUCUAAAGUAUUAAUCACCAUGGCGGUGGCCGGCACGUCAGUGGGCAAAACUAAAGGCCCUACAGUUGACCCUGCGCUAUGUCGAUGCUGCCGCUCCAUAAAGAAAUGCCGACUUUUGAGCAGCGAAUACGAGUGGCUUGGCAAGAAGGAAGUUUACUCCGAUAUGUUGAUGGAUUGCUUCGGCUUUCUUCUCUCCCAUUUAGAUGGGGAGCCUAAGGACAGUGGAGUGUGCGCCACAUGUGUUGGGCGUCUCCGGGAAGCCGUGGCCUUCCGGCAGCAGGUUCUGCAGAGCGAGCAGGCCUUCCUCAACUCCCGGCUGGAGAACAAGGAUGAAGUGCCCCUGGUGGAGACCAAAGUGAAGGUGGAGCCCGUCCCUGACUCGGAUGCGUCCGUGGGCGCGCACGAUGACCAUGAUUAUGAACCAGAAUGCAAAAUGGAGAUAGAGCUAAAGUCAGAGCCACUCGAGAAGCGGAAGAAGACGCGACCGCGACCCUUAGUGCUGAAGAAACGAUCCAGGAGAGAGCUGUUCGAUAGAGCGCUCGCUCUGCAGGAUAAACUUGACAUAUUGCUGGACAACGGACCACCAUCCCCGCCGAAGAAGCUGAAGCCACAAAAAAAGAGUCCCGACGACCACGACCACAUGGUGUACCACAACACCACCACUAUAGUGCUCCACUCGUACGUCUGCCCGUUCCAUAAUAGGAUCAGCAACUAUUACUGCUACUACUGCAGGGACCAAUUCACGAAUCCAGUGGAACUCCGCGAGCACACGAUGCUGCACAAGCCGAGCAUGUUCGAGAGCAUGACGGAGAACAAGAAGAUACCCAAGAUUGACAUCACCAGGAUCGAUUGCAGACUAUGCCCCGCGAAGAUCGAAACACUAGAAGACUUUAAACAACACAUUACAAGCGUCCACAACAAAAAAAUAUUCCCCGUCCAAAACGAGUUCCUGAAAUUCAAGUUAACAUUAGACAAUAUAAAAUGCACAGAAUGCAACAGCAGCUUUCCAUAUUUCGACAGUUUGAAAAAACAUAUGAUCGAACAUUUCGGGACGUAUAUAUGCGAUCAAUGUGGGGCGUGUUUUUUGGAACAAAAUUCGUUAAGAACGCACAUAAAAAGCCAUAACAAAGUGGAAGUGAAUUUCCCAUGUGAAAUAUGUGGGAAGAACUUGAAAUCUAAAUACAGUCGGUAUUUACACGUGGCUACGGUACACGAGAAAAAACCUACAGUGAAUUGUUAUAAAUGUGAAUCUAGUUUUCUGUCUUACGCAUUGAGGAAUCGACAUUUAAUAGAGGUGCAUGGUGAUAAAAGAACGUUUCCGUGUAAAUUGUGUGAUAAAGUAUAUAAUAGAAGGAAAACGCUUAUGGAACAUAACAGAAGAAACCAUUUGAAGGUAUAUAAGCAUCAAUGUGAUUUGUGCGAACAAAGAUUCUACUUACCCUCAAGGUUAAAGGAGCAUAUGGCAACACAUACUGGGGAAAGGAAUUUUCGUUGUGACUUUUGUGAUAAGUGUUAUCCUAGGCUGCAGUCGUUGCAGGAGCAUGUGAGGUCGCACUCGAAUGACAGAAGGUAUAAGUGUGAUAUUUGUAACGCGGCGUUUACGCAGAAUGGGAGCUUGAAGAGCCAUAUGAAGAGCCAUCAUCAGUUCGAGUUGAAUGCUAAUUUCGGAUGAGACGAUUAGUAAGUGACCCAAAGACUUGACCUUUGAAAGUGACUUUUUUAAAAUAUAAUUUCUCACAAUCCAGCCGCGUAGUCGCGUCUAACGACAAGCCCAAAGUGAACAAGUGGUAAAUAAAGACGCGAUUUAAAUUUUAAACUUAUUAUAUACCCUUUUGGUAAGUAUAAAACAAGCUUUCAGAUCAUGGCAAGCUUUUUUUAAUUAAAAACUUUGUAUUAGGUACAUUUUAUCAGUCAAAACUUUUGUGACAGAACUUGUGACCUAACUAAGUACAUAAACGCCGGGAGCGGAAUUUUAUAAAGAAGAAUAUUUUGAAUAUAAUACGUUUUGUUUCAAUUAAAUGAUUGUAGAUUUAAUUUUUACUGACAUUUUGUAAAAAAAUUAUAAAUAAUAAAUAUAUUCGUAAAACAAAAAUCAACAUAUUUUGGGCCAUCUUGUACAAAGUUUGUCUGUCAUUCCUUCCCGGGCGAUAAUUCGUAAAGUGAUUUGAGAUGUGUCAUGACACCUCGUAAACGUCAACUGCCGCUUCGUUGGUGGAUUGAGGAACUGGUCGUCCGUGGGAUUUUAUUCAGUAAGUUCUUAAAUUUUACUGACUACAUUUACUAAACCAAGUUAAUGGUGAUGGAACACCGAAGUACCUGCAAUGUAAAACAUGUAAUUAACCCGUUGAGCGCCAUAGACGUUAACUGACGCGCGGGUACAGCUUAAUAUAAACUUUUACGCUUAGUGUGGCGUUCAAUGGGUUACAAAUUAUGUUUCCACUUUAUUACGAUAUAUUACUAAACUUUAUAUAUGUCUACCCAUUAGACUACAUUGUGUCAUCAAAAUUAUUUUUUCUACUCAUCGACUAUAAUGGUUGAAUUAAGAUUUUGUAUAAAAAACUAAUUGCGUACUUUUCAUGGUCGGGCUCCCAACUCAACUAUAAGAUUAAUUUCGAUACGCUGUAGUCAACUAUAAAAAAAAAAAUGACAACUCACUUGCCGCCGCGCUUCCAUAGAAUAGUGUGUCUACUGAGAUACCUACUAAUUUUCAUAAAUUAUUCAGGUUUUAUAGUAAAAUAAAGUAUUAUUUUAGUUCGUAGAAAAAGUAUUGUAUACAAUAGCGAUAUAAUCAAGCUUUUCAAUCUCGUACCUUUCUUAGGCAACUCGGCAAGCUUCGUUGCCUAAACACGGUACUCGACUGAAAAGCUCUCUAUUAUAUGACGAUUGUAUAAAAUACUAUUAUAUAGCUAAAAUUACAGAAAGUCAACAAUGAGCAUAUGUCAAGUGUUAUUAAUUAUAAUUUGAUUAUUGUAUGUCUGUAUUUAUGUUUGACCAGAUUAUGUAAAUGAGAAAUAAUGAUACAAAAUAUGUAUUUGAACAAUAAUAAUUACUGUGUAUAAUAAUGUAUUUAAUUCCAUAAUAAAAUAUAGAUACUUGUAAGUAA